AUGGCCCAAUCAACGCUCAAUAUGAAUAGAUCAUCGCCUGUUCUAGCACCUCACACCAACUCAGAAGAUCCAAGCCCAUCCCAUGAAGCUAUUCGAGAAGGUGGAUAUGGCUGGGUUUGCGUUGCAUGCACGUUUCUGAUGAAUGCACACACAUGGGGUAUUAAUGCGGCAUAUGGAGUGUUCCUCUCAUACUAUCUCUCCAGCGACAUGUUACCUGGAACAUCAGCUAUAGAGUACGCUUUUGUCGGAGGCUUGAGCAUAGGCUGUGCAAUGAUUAUAGCACCUCUCGCAACCUACCUCGCUCACCGAAUAUCGCCUCGUUUCGUCUUAAACUGCGGUACUAUACUCGAAACACUGUCUCUGAUCGCCACGUCAUUUGUGAAGACCGAUUGGCAGCUAUUUCUCUCACAGGGUAUCUGUUUUGGCUUUGGUAUGGGAUUAUGUUUCUGUGGCUCGGUGGGGAUUUCUUCGCACUGGUUCAAGAAACGGCGCAGCUUGGUUAAUGGGAUCGCGGCUGCUGGCUCGGGAAUUGGCGGACUAGUUUACUCCCUUGCUGUUGGGGAGAUGAUCCCCGAACUUGGGUUUCCGUGGGCAAUGCGUAUACUGGGAAUACUUUGUUUUGUGGUGAAUAUCACCUGUGCUAAUCUCCUUCGAGUCCCUUCGGAUUCACGGGCGGCAUUGGGUGGUGGAAGAUUCCGGCUAUCUCUCUUGGGCAGACUGGAUUUUCUUUUGUUGCUUGGCUGGGGCUUCUUAAGCAGCUUUGGGUAUGUCUGUCUGUUGUUCAGUCUGCCCAGCUAUUCGGUUGCUAUUGGUCUCACCCAGCAACAAGGCAGUCUGGCAGGCGCACUGCUCAAUCUGGGCCAAGCUUUCGGGCGUCCGGCUGUUGGUCUCUUAAGUGAUCAUCUUGGUCGAGUAAAUGUCGCUUUUGUUGCUUCGCUUCUCUCGGGAAUCCUGCCGUUGAUACUCUGGAUCUUUGCAGACUCUGUAGGGCUGAUAUACUUCUUUGCCAUAGCGGUUGGUUUGUUUGCCGGUACUUUCUUAGCAGCUGCGGCCCCAAUUACUGCUGAAGUCGUGGGGUUGGAGGACUUGGGGGCUGGGCUUGGUAUCUUUUGGUUUUCACUCGGGCCACCCACAGCAGUGGCAGAGGUUAUUGCGUUGCAACUUCGGGACGGUCUCAGUGAACCGAAACCCUACCUACGGGUUCAGAUCUAUGUUGGAGUCAUGUUCAUAGGUUCGGCUGCUUCUUUGGCUGGGCUGUGGUUUGAAAUGCGGAGGAAGAAGGUUUCCUGGAAGGGGAAGAUCUAA